AAAAAAACCCAACCUAAUAACUGUCACUGCCAAGGGUCAAGGCAAGCUCUUUCCCAAACUUUCUCCCAGAUCAGACUUGUUGCCUGGAUGUAAAAGAAGUUAACAAGGACUGGGAAAAAAAUAUUUCUAUUGGGAGCAUCUAAAAUCAUAUCCAACGACAGGAUUACAGGUUUUUGCAGAACACUAUCAUGGUGAGGAACAUUGAUGACUUCGAUUUUUGCCUUCCAUCCCAUCCGCAAUCUGUUCUGGAAGGACUGCAGACCCUGCGUUCCAACCCCAAACUCUCAGAUGUCACUUUGAUUGUUGGGGGACAUGAAUUCCCUUGCCAUCGCAGUAUCCUGGUCCUCUGUAGUCAGUACUUCAAUGCUAUGUUUACUGGUGACUUCAUGGAAAGCUUUUCAGCACGUGUAGAGAUCAAAGAGGUGGAUCCUGUCAUUAUGGAGUCCUUGAUUAAUUUUGCUUACACAGGAAAGGUGACCAUCAAUCAGGGGAAUGUGGAGGCCUUGAUUAGGACAUCCAGCCAACUCCACUUCCCCAUCAUCCGGAAAGUCUGCAGUCGGUACUUGAGACAGCAGAUGGAUGCAAGCAACUGUUUAGGCAUUUGUGAGUUUGGAGAGAUGCAUGGCUGUUCAGAGGUUUCAUCUGAGGCUUGGUCAUUUUUGCAAGAAAAUUUUGAACUUGUAUCUCAACAAGAAGAGUUUCUUCAACUAUCAAAAGAGAGGCUAAUUAUUUAUUUGUCCAACAACCUACUGCAAGUACAAAAAGAACACAGCCUAGUUGAAGCUGUGCUCAGGUGGGUCAAGUAUGAAGAAUCAGCCAGAGUUGUGCACCUCCCAGAGCUCCUUGACCUAGUGCAUUUGGUUUCAUUGCCAGAUCAGUAUCUGCAAAAUAUGUUGUCAUCCGAACCACUGAUUCAGGAAUCAGAAGCUUGCAAGGCUAUCAUUGCUAGACAUCGGAGCACGGCAGAGAACAGGCCCUUUGUCCAGCAGAGACUGAAGGCCCUUCCACAAAAGCUGGAAGAGGUGCUGGUAGUUGUGGGAGGCAGAGCUCUGGAAGACAAUGAUGAAGAUGAACAGCCACCACACUUCUCCAGAAAUUUUGCCUUUUAUAACACUAACACAAGAAUAUGGGUUGCCUUGCCUGAUUUUCCAGAUUACAAUAAAUGGGGCUUUUCUAUGAUUGCUGUAAACAACAACAUUUACAUUACAGGAGGCUCCAGGGGCUCACAGAAUGACACAUGGUCUACAACUCAGUCCUGGUGUUUCUGCCUUAAAAAGGGUGUCUGGAAGUCCAUUGCUCCAAUGCUGAAGCCCCGAACAAACCAUGCCAGUGCUGUUCUCAAUGGAGAAAUCUAUGCUGUUGGUGGCACCACUAUGGACAUUGUGGAGGUAGAAUGCUAUGAUCCUUACAAUGACAGCUGGUGCUUUGUCAGUCCUGCCUUGAAGUACGUCAGUAAUUUUGCUGUAGCUGGAUGUCUUGGGAAGUUGUACCUCAUUGGUUCUUGUGCUAUCAAAUACAAUGCACUGACUCUCCAGUGUUACAACCCUGCUAUUGAUGUCUGGAGUAUAAUUGCAUCUCCCUUUCUCCCCAAGUACCUCUCUGCUCCUCGUUGUGCCUCCUUGCAUGGAGUCAUUUACCUUAUUGGUGAUAAUACAAAGAAAGUCUAUGUGUAUAAUCCAGAUGCUAACAUCUGGCAGAAGGUACAACAGCUUCAUACCUUGCAUGAAAAUGGUGGAAUGGUACCUCUUGGUGGUAAGCUCCUUGUCACAGGCGGCUACUGGAAAGGUAUGGAUGGUGACUAUCAAGUAGAGAUGGAAAUGUAUGAUUGUGCCAAAGAUGUUUGGACAAGAGAAGGGUCACUUCCCUGUUUAUGGCUCUACCAUGCAUCUUCUUCUAUCUUCAUGGAUACUUCAAAGUGGAGGGAACCUUUCCAGUUGUGAUCUCAGAGUUUGGUAUGAAGUCUCACAGCUCUGCUGCUCUGACUGAAGGUCUGGAAAAGGAAUAAUCAUUACUAUUAUACUACAGUUUUAUAUGCCCUUUGGUGUCUCCUAGUUCUGACUUCAUAUGAAUUAAAACUUUGACAUUAUAGCCUCUGUUGGGCUGAACAGUUUAGGCUGAAUUUCUUUGUUCACAGCAAUAGCAUUAAAGCCUUAAUUGUAAAAAUUCUAGAAUAAGCGUAACAGUUGUUUUGCUAUAAGUAUUAUUAGAAUACACAGAUUCAAUAAACUAAGUCAAAAUUCCAGCAUCUGAUUCCAACCAACCAAUGUAAGGUAUGAACCAGGAACUUAGAAAACUUCUGCAAUCUUUUAAAAUUAGCUGACACUUUCAUGAGAUCCCAGUGCCAAAUACACUAUGCAUCGUAU